AUGAAGAAAGAUACGCAGAUUAUGAUCAUUGGCGCGGGUUGCUUCGGCACCUCAACGGCGUACCACCUUUCACAGCGCGGCUAUACUUCGAUUCGCGUGCUUGAUCGAUAUGCACCACCCUCCUGUGAAGCAGCUGCCACUGAUAUCAGCAAGAUCAUCCGUAGUGACUACAACGUGCCGCUGUAUGCGAGACUGGGCAUUGAAUCCAUAGCCGCUUGGCAGUCAUGGCCGAUGUUCCGCGGACUCUACCACGUCCCCGGAUGGAUUCUCAGCGCAGCGAACCUAUCCAUACCCUUUGUCGAGGGGUCAAUUGAGACGUGCAGAAAACUUGGGGUGCAAGGCAUUCAAAAGCUUGCCCCAGAACAAAUUCGUUCCCGUUUCUCGGUUGUAACGGGCAAGCUGGAUGGCUGGAAUAUCAAUGUGUGGAACCCAACUGCUGGAUGGGCAGAUGCAGGUAAAGCAUUGGAGCAGAUGGCAAACGCUGCCCAGGAAGCCGGAGUCGAAUAUAUCACGGGCGAGACUCAAGGAUAUGUGCGACAGUUGGUCCUGGAUGAGACCGGGGAGUGCAAAGGAGUCAUCACAGCAGAUGGCACCAGGCACGAGGCGGAUAUGGUGAUCCUGGCAACGGGAGCAUGGACACCUUCACUGCUUGAUCUCCAGGGCCAGUUGAUAGCCAAGGGCCAUAGUGUCGCCCAUAUCCAACUCGACCCUGCUGAGACCAAGCACUAUGCCGCAUUUCCGAUCAUGGACAAUCUCGAGCUGGGAUAUUUCUUUCCUCCGACCAACAACGGAAUAUUCAAGUUGGCACACAGUCAGUUCAUUACCAACACGCAAGUCUCCCAGUCUGGGAUCACCGCAUCUUGCCCCCACACGUUCAUCCAGUCCCCGGCAGACGGACUUCCUCUCGAGAUCGAAGCUCAAAUGCGCCGGAACUUGCGACGAGUGCUGCCCGAGCUCGCGGAUCGACCUUUCUGCUAUACCCGCCUCUGCUGGGAUGCUGAUACAGCCGAUCGUCAUUUCCUCGUCACGCCCCAUCCAUCACACAAGCGACUCUUCUUGGCCACGGGUGGUUCGGCUCAUGGGUUCAAGUUUCUUCCAGUUAUUGGAAAGUAUGUGGCAGAUCUGCUUGAGGGGAAACUUGACCCGGAGAUUGUGUCCCAGUGGAAGUGGCGCGCUGGACAGAAAGUCACCGCGACAGACCUGGCACAUCUAGAUCCUGAGAUGGAGUUGAUUGAUCUUACGGGGUGGAAAGGUAGACAGGCACGGGAGACAAAUAAUACGUCUAGACUAUGA